AUGCCGAAUGGUGGAAGUCAGGGUGGAUAUUUGGUUUUACUUGUUGGGGAAUCGGGAAGAUUCUCACCUAUUUGGUGGAAUUCUAAGAAAAUCCGUAGGGUAGUAAGGAGCACUCUCGCUGCUGAAACCCUCGCCUUGGCGGAGGGAAUAGAUAAUAGUAUAUUCUUAUGUACUCUUCUUGCUGAAUUAAUGUAUGGUAAACCUUACCCCACCAUGUUUCCCAUAGAAUGUUACACCGACUGUAACUCACUUUAUGAAGCCUUGAAGUCAGUAAAGAGUGUGUCAGAAAAACGUCUUAGGUUAGAUAUUAGCAGCAUAAAAGAGUUAAUUGAAGCAAAACAGAUUACAUCCGUUAAUUGGUGCAGUACCAAUAGGCAACUUGCAGAUAGUCUAACGAAGAAAGGUGCCUCACCCAAAGUACUAAGAAACGCCUUAGAAACUGGUAUAUUGUUUGCUUAA